GCUCUCCUCUUUUUACAGCUCUGUCAGCCUGGGAAUUCUAUCACACUUCGUCCUUGAGUGGUCGUUGGUUUCUUGCGAUGGUGCUGCUCCUCUCCAUUGAUUUCGACCUCUAGAAUUUCGUCUGGAAAACAAUGCUCCAGAGAAAAAGCUCCAGGCGUUGUUCUGCUCAGUAUUACCUUUCCGCCGAAGAUCAUGUGGAGAACGAAGUCAAGCACGAGCGUUUACUAACCGAAACCUCACGUCUAUCCUCAUCUUGGGCUAGCCUGAGUGUCUCUGGGAACGACAAAGCUGAAAGCGAUUGCUCUUCCUCCUCAGUCUCUGCUAACAAUAGCCCGAACCAUCGUCCGAAUUCAUUCAGUGGCCCCUUGGUCAUAUCGGUCACAUGUUCCGGUAAUUCCUGCCAAAGCGCUCAUGGCUGUCACCCCGCUCAACCUUCCAGUAGUAGGUGUACGCCCACUAGUCCUACCCCUCAUAGUCUUUCCUCAGGUCACGCAUCACCCGCGGCUUCUCCUGUUUCCUCCCGUGUGCAGUGUUACUCACCCGGUUUAGCUCCGUCUUUAAGCUCGCCCACAACCCGCCGUCCCAAUACCGCUAGUCCCCUGUUGCUACCAUCAGCUUUAUGUAGAAAACGCGGUUACUUCUCAACCAUGUUGACUGCAGGCUGUUCCAGCGGGGACGCAAGUCGUGAAGGAUCGCCUGAUUCUUCUUUAUCCUCCGGUCGCGGUUGUAAAUCUAUGCGCCAGGCUGACGGGCGGGCAUAUUCAUUUUGUGAUGCUCCUCAAUUCAGGUGGCCUCCAGGUCCUCCAGUUACUUCGAAUCCCCCGAGUCCGUCGUGUCACUUGUUCCCGUCACUCCUUCCGACCGGUACUGCCCCAAGCAGUCCAUCCACCUCAAGCCUACCAUCACCACGCCUUUCAUUUACUUCUUCAUUGAUAACAUUCCCCGGGUCUCCAGCCUCUUCGGCAGCCUUGAAUUCAACAACAUCAUCUGGUGGGGUUCCACAGCUGCUGCCGAGUCCCAAGUCAGAAACAAAGCUAACCAGUGUGAUGGACACAGAGGCUACCACUUCUGUGCCACCCACCGAUGACUCUGAUAGGAAUGAAUCCGCAUCUGCUUCAGAGUGCUAA